CCGACUUUACAAACCAAUGACACGCGUCAGCGAUUAACUGCCAGUGUUUAACCCGCUCACGAACAAUGAGCUGCUUCGCGGUCUUCGCUCUCUCCCACCUAUUGCAAGUUUCUGUAUCUCAGGCGGCCUUGUUCCAGUCUCCGCCGGUUCAGACCGUUCGUGUCGGGAGUCGGGCCACCCUGAAUUGCAGCCGGGACGUGGGUGCGCUUGCUUUUAUAAGCUGGUAUAAACAGAGCGACAGAGGGCAUCUGCAGUUCCUUUACAGAAUGGGGAGAUUCGUGGGCCCGGACGGGAGGUUUUCGGGGAUUGUAGACGAAGAAUCGGCCAACUACACCCUGGUGAUUGAGAAUGUCCAGCUAAAUGAUUCCGGGAUCUACUUCUGUGCAGCUCAUCUCUACAGUGAGUUCGGCAAUGGAUCCAAACUGGUGGUCACAGCGGAUCCUCCGACGAUAUUCCUGUUAGCUCCGCCAGUGGAUGAAAUCCCCCAGAUGAAACUGGUGCCAUUGAUGUGCUUGGUGAGAGGCGCCUCUUCCGAGUCCUUGCUCAUCCGCUGGAAUGUUUCGGGAAACAUCAGUGAAGGUGUCGUUGAUCCCCCGACAUUUGAUCCGGACGGGAGUUACAGCGUUAGAAGCCGCUUCCAUAUCUCGGCGGAAACUUGGCGUAGUGGUGCUGUCUGCACUUGCACCGCUGGAGAUCUGGUCAGUGACCGUGUCGCCGUUCAGAAAGACGACCUGCAGCCCUGUCAUAUAAUUUUCUUCAGUCUGGUGCCGACCCUCCUGCUCCUUUUUCUGGGGGCAACCGCUGUGGCCAUCACUAAGGGCAGGGAGAAACGCCAAGCAGGAAAUCCAGAAACAUUUGGUAAAAUCAUCAACUCCCGGAGAAAGAAUCCAGGACACGACACCUACGCUCAGCUGGCGAUUGGUAACAACUGAUAUCGAAAGGCAGGGCGAAGGUUCUCCUCCGCGAACAUGGAAAGAUUCAGUCCUCUCCAUCCAAAGACUCACCCAGAGCUUCCUCAGUAACAGACCAUGUGCGGUGGUAAUGAGGACCUGUGA